GAGAGAGAGAGUCCCUCAGCUGGAGCUCAUGGAGGAUCCGCUGCUGACUGGGAGCAGAGAUCUGUUCUCCAAAGCUCAAGAGGAGUUCAGCAGAGGCAACCACAGCCGGGCGGAGGAGCUCUACACAGAGUUCAUCAGCAUCUGUACCACAGCCAGAGAUUGUGACCGUAGUGAGCUGGCUAUCGCCUACAAUAACCGUGGCCAGGUGAAAUAUUUCAGGGUCGACUUUUAUGAGGCCAUGGACGACUACAGCGAAGCGAUUAAGAUGAACAGCCAGUUUGAAGUGCCGUACUACAACAGAGGAUUAAUACGCUAUAGACUGGGUUUUUUCCAGGAUGCAGAGAGUGACUUCAAGAAGGCCCUGGAAAUAAAUGCCAAUUUUGAAGAUGCCAAACAAAGUUUGCGUCAGACGGUAGUCGACCGAGAAGAAAAAUUAAAAAGAGGAUACUGAUGGCAUCCUACAGCUAGAAGGAUGUUUCUGUUCUGUCUGGCUGUACACUCUUAAAAAGAUGGUUCUUUAGGGGUUCUUUAGUUAAAGGGAAUAGUUCUAUUUAGAACCAUGACUUCUAUUUAGGACCACUUCAUGGUUAAAUUGUUGUUUGUAUGGUGAAAUCGCUCCUCAGAUUAAUGGAGAAUGUGUUAUAUAUGGGUCUGUAUUAAAGCUUUUUGAAAGUGGUUCUGUAUAGUACCGAAAGAUUGGUAACAACAGAAGAGCCAUUCCCUUUACUAAAGGACCCUGGAAGAACCUUUUUUAAGAAUGUAGGAAAGCACUACAUGAAGUGAUUAUUAAUUCUGAUCUAAUUCAAUAUGUUUGAUUGUGUGAUUGUGUAAUUUGUUCCUGUGUAAAGAUUUUAUUUUUUUACCUUAAUUUCUUGUAAAUACUUUGCUGGUUGUCAUUAUUGUAUUGUAGUGUGUGUCAUGAAGACCUGUGUAGCUCAGGUAAUCUUCAGUCUGAGGGCAGCAUUUUCAGUCUCUGUAUUUGCAUAUUCUGGGUGCACUUGACCAGCGAGUUGUCAGUUGCACCUGAAGCACUCUAGUACGAAGACAAGAAGUGGCAUUGUACUUCUUAUAUCAUUUAAAACUAAAUCAGUUAAAAUGUACCAAUGAAUGUGACUUACUGGGGGAAAAUACAUUUUAAUAAUUUGCUUUCUUCUACUUUUGUGGAAUGUGUAUUUGAACUUUUGCACUAAUGAAAUCUUAGUAAAAAAUCAUGUUCUAUAUGUAACAUGAAAGAAACUG